AUGGCUACCAAUGGGCCUUUAUCGCAAGCGCCGAGACAAUCUCCAGCGCCCCAAAGCGGCCCUCCAGUACCAAACGGAAAGCCCACUUCACCGUACAAUGAGCGCACCAACCCAAUGAGCCCCACUCAGCAAAUUGCCUCUCAAACUGUCAGCUCCAAAGACCCCAAGGCAGCAGCACAGGCGGCUAGUGACAUGAGGAAUGUUGUUCGGAGGAAGCUCACAGGAUACGUUGGUUUCGCGAAUUUGCCUAACCAAUGGCACCGCAAAAGUGUCCGCAAAGGGUUCAACUUCAACGUUAUGGUCGUUGGUGAAUCCGGUCUGGGAAAAUCUACCUUGGUUAACACCCUUUUCAAUACCUCCCUCUACCCGCCAAAAGAGCGGAAGGGCCCUAGCUUAGACAUCAUCCCAAAAACCGUCUCAAUCCAAUCAAUCAGUGCUGAUAUCGAGGAGAAUGGCGUGCGUCUACGUCUCACUGUUGUGGAUACACCAGGUUUCGGUGACUUUGUCAAUAAUGAUGACUCCUGGAGGCCCAUUGUCGAGAACAUUGAGCAGCGUUUCGAUGCCUACCUGGAUGCUGAGAACAAGGUCAACAGAAUGAACAUUGUUGAUAACCGAGUGCACGCAUGUGUAUACUUUAUCCAGCCUACAGGUCAUUCGCUAAAGCCAUUGGAUAUCGAAGUGAUGCGCAGACUACAUACCAAGGUCAACCUGAUUCCGGUCAUUGCCAAGUCGGAUACUCUGACGGACGAGGAGAUCAUGUCAUUCAAAGCGAGAAUCUUGACCGAUAUCCACCAUCAUUCUAUUCAGAUCUUUGAAGGACCACGCUACGAGUUGGACGAUGACGAGACUAUCGCGGAAAACCAGGAGAUCAUGUCAAAGGUUCCAUUUGCCGUCGUUGGUGCGAACAGCGAAGUCACUAGCCCAGAAGGUCGAAAGGUCCGCGGACGACGCUACCCUUGGGGUGUCAUCGAAGUAGACAACGAAGACCACUGCGACUUCGUCAAGCUACGACAGAUGCUUAUCCGUACACACAUGGAAGAGCUCAAAGAGCACACCAACAACGCGCUCUACGAAAAUUACCGCUCUGACAGACUUACUCAAAUGGGCGUGGCACAGGACCCAAGCGUGUUCAAAGAAGUCAACCCAGCUGUCAAGCAGGAAGAGGAGCGUACGCUACACGAGCAAAAGCUAGCGAAGAUGGAAUCGGAGAUGAAGAUGGUCUUUCAGCAGAAGGUCGCCGAGAAAGAGAGCAAAUUGAAGCAGAGCGAGGAGGAGCUGUAUGCUAGACAUCGUGAGAUGAAGGAUCAGCUGGAGAGGCAACGUGCAGAGCUGGACGAGAAGAAGUCACGUGUGGAAAGCGGACGGCCACUGGAUGAGAAGACGAAGAAGAAGGGCUUCUCACUCGGGGGGAGAAACUAA